CCGGCCAGAGCAACCCAGAGAGCCUCUGAUCUCAGCACAGCCUUGGACUUAUCUCAAGGGAAAUUAACCUGGAAACCCCUCCGCGAGGCCGUGAUCCUGAGCGUAUGCCCCUGCAAAAGCUAGGCAUGAGCACUUCUCUGAACUACAAGUCCUUCUCGAAAGAGCAGCAAACCAUGGAUAACCUGGAGAAACAGCUGAUUUGCCCCAUCUGCCUGGAGAUGUUCACCAAGCCUGUGGUCAUCCUGCCCUGCCAGCACAACCUCUGUCGGAAAUGUGCCAGCGACAUUUUCCAGGCCUCCAACCCCUACCUGCCGACCAGGGGAGGCACAACCAUGGUGUCGGGAGGACGCUUCCGCUGUCCUUCCUGCAGGCAUGAGGUGGUCCUUGACCGGCACGGCGUCUACGGGCUGCAGAGGAACCUGCUGGUGGAGAACAUCAUAGACAUCUACAAGCAGGAAUCCACAAGACCUGAAAGGAAGUGUGACCAGCCAAUGUGUGAAGAGCACGAAGAUGAGAGAAUUAAUAUCUAUUGUUUGAACUGUGAAAUGCCCACCUGCUCCUUGUGCAAAGUCUUUGGUGUCCAUAAAGACUGUCAAGUUGCUCCUCUCACAAAUGUUUACCAGCGACAGAAGUCCGAGCUGAGCGAUGGCAUUGCAGUCCUGGUGGGGAGCAACGACAGAGUGCAAGGCAUAGUCACACAGCUGGAGGAGACCUGCAAGACAGUUGAGGAAUGCUGCAGACGACAGAAAGAGCAGCUGUGUGAAAAAUUUGAUUAUCUCUAUUCUGUACUGGAAGAACGAAAAAAUGAGAUGACACAAAUAAUCACUAGAACCCAAGAGGAGAAACUGGAACACGUCCGCUCCCUGAUGAAGAAGUAUGCGGAUCAUUUGGAAGCUGUGUCAAAGCUGGUUGAAUCAGGAAUCCAGUUCAUGGAAGAACCAGAAAUGGCCGUGUUUCUGCAGAAUUCCAAAACAUUGCUACAAAAAAUUACUGAAGCAUCUAAAGGAUUUCAAAUGGAAAAAAUAGAGGAUGGGUAUGAAAAUAUGAACCAAUUCACAGUGAACCUCAGUAGAGAAGAAAAGAUAAUACGAGAAAUUGAUUUUGACAGAGAGGAGGAGGGAGAAGAGGAAGAGGAGGAGACAAUGGAUGGUGAAGAUGUGGAUGAAGUCCACACAGAGUCAUCAGGAGAGGAGGAGGAGGAGGAAGAGGGGGAGGAGGAAGGGGCUGAGAGAGCAUCACAGCCGCCUCAGCAGGACCCCAAAACACAGAACACAGCGGGAGAUCCCCCAGUUGAACCCACGCCGGCACCACAACCCAUUGCCCCGGCUGCUCAGGAUGAGGUUGUGACACCAAGUGGUUCUCAACAGACCCCAGAGUCUGACACUCAAGUGCCGACCACAGCAGAAACCAUCGAUCCCUUGUUUUACCCUAGCUGGUAUAAGGCUCAGUCGCGGCAACCAAGCAGUCCAAGCUCAACCCCCGUGAGUGGGUUGGGGAAAGUAGGGUCUCCUGUUUCUCUGGAAACAAGUGCAAAGAAGGCAGAAACCCCAGCAGCAGCAGCGAUCGAGGAGAGUGCACCGGGGAGUGGUAAGGAAAGUAAUGCCACUGCAGCGACGUCCAAGACUGGUUCUGAACCAUCCCCUCAAGGACGAGUGGAGGAAGCUCCGGUGAGCCAUGAGAGAGGUGAUGAGCCGGCUCGUCAUGUCUUCUCCUUCUCCUGGUUGAACUCACUCAAUGAAUGA